CUAGCUAUAUUCAACGCCACAGUUGUUGUUGUGCCUUCUACUCCUCACCUUCUCUGCAACUACAAUUGAGAGAGACGUACAGACUACCCGACAGACAGACAGACCGACCGACACAACUCAAAAUCCAAGAAAAUACACAAGAGAGAGAGAAAGUGCUGAGUUGUGUGUCUAAUAAAGCUGUGAUUUUGUGAAGGAAAGGUGGUUGCUUUUGAUCUGAAUAAGGGUCAACUGGGUAAGUUGACUUGGAAUUUGAAAUGGGUUUUGGUUUAAUUUAGAUAUUUUUUUGAUUGGGAGUGAAAGAAGAAGAAGAAGAGCACAAUGGCUUGGAAGGGUAGAGGAGUGGAGACAGCUUCGAAGAGUGUGGUGUCUAGGAAAUGGACUCUGCUGCUUUGUAUUGGGUGCUUCUGUGCUGGGAUGCUCUUCUCUGAUAGAAUGUGGAUGGUGCCUGAAGUUAAAGGUAUAUCAAGGACAACAAGUGUUGAAGAUGAAAAGCUAAAGUUAAUUUCAGAGGGUUGUGUUCCAACAAAUAAGGAUGUGAAGCAUGAAUCCAAGGACAUUCUAGGGGAAGUUUCAAGGACUCACAAUGCUAUACAAAAUUUGGAUAAAACAAUUUCAAAUUUGGAGAUGGAAUUAGCUGCUGCCAGAGCUGCACAGGUGUCUAUACUUAAUGGUUCUCCCAUAUCAGAAGAUCUUAAUAUUUCUGGAUCAAGUAGGAAAAGAAAAUACUUGAUGGUUGUAGGUAUCAAUACUGCUUUUAGCAGCCGUAAGCGUAGAGAUUCAGUUCGUGCUACUUGGAUGCCUCAAGGUGAUAAAAGAAAGAAGCUUGAGGAAGAGAAGGGAAUUGUAAUUCGAUUUGUAAUAGGUCACAGUGCUACAUCUGGUGGUAUCCUUGAUAGAGCAGUAGAAGCUGAGGACAAAAAGCAUGGUGACUUGUUGAGACUGGACCAUGUUGAGGGUUAUCUUGAAUUGUCAGCCAAGACGAAGAUAUACUUUGCCACUGCUGUUGCUUUGUGGGAUGCAGAUUUCUAUGUCAAAGUUGAUGAUGAUGUACAUGUAAAUAUAGCAACACUUGGAGCAACUUUAGCAAGACAUCGGUCAAAGCCCAGGUUGUAUAUUGGAUGCAUGAAAUCUGGUCCUGUCCUUGCUCAAAAGGGAGUGAGAUACCACGAACCUGAGUAUUGGAAAUUUGGUGAGGAAGGAAACAAGUAUUUUCGUCAUGCUACAGGACAGUUAUAUGCUAUUUCAAAAGAUUUGGCUACUUAUAUUUCAAUCAACCAGCACGUGCUACACAAGUAUGCAAAUGAGGAUGUUUCCUUGGGUUCAUGGUUCAUUGGAUUGGAUGCAGAGCAUAUUGAUGACCGAAGAUUAUGUUGCGGUACACCACCUGAUUGUGAGUGGAAGGCUCAGGCAGGCAACGUCUGUGUUGCAUCAUUUGAUUGGAGCUGCAGUGGGAUCUGCAAGUCUGCUGAGAGGAUCAAGGAGGUUCACCGGCGGUGUGGAGAAGGUGAGAAUGCUUUGUGGAGCGCAGAGUUUUGACAAAUAUCAAUUCUUCCAAACUCAGGAGGAAGCAAAUGCAUGGCAUGGGUUUGUCUUAGAAAUGUAUGGUACAGAUAAUGUUUGUUACAUGAAGAUGUAAAUCAGAUGGACAGAGAUGUAAGAGAAGGAAGCAAAGAGAGAGAGAGAGAGAGAGAGAGAGAGAGAGAGGGUUGGUUUCUUUUUCUGGGGGUUCUACUCCAUUUUAGAAUAGGAGAGAGACCCAACAGCAAAUCUAAAGAGAUUGUAAUUCAUCAUUCUUUAAUUGCUUGGAGAGCCAUAGUGUAAGUUUGCGAUGGCUCAUGUAGACAUAAUAAGUAUCUAGUUGAGUUAGCAUCAGCUGCCUAUUUUGCUAAA